CGUUACACAGCUUUUGACACUCAUCCCACUAUUGCAUAAUUACUAUUAGUUGAUGUUUUCUGUUUCAGUGCAAUGACCUAAGAGGUCACUGGCGGAGCCGGCUCGGGACGAGCGGGGCUGCACAGUGCGACUUUCACCGGCGGCUGGCGCACAUGUGCCGGGGAGACCGUGUGCACGCUUAGCUACGACGGCCGGUCACGCUGAGGUCAAGGGGCCGUGAUGGCAAGUGGAUCAAGUCACCCGAUGAGGUGGCAUGCAUUAAGAUGUGACCGUCGUUGCACGGACAACAUCGACCGUAGAGUGUGGCGGAAGUGACCGCGAUAGGCGAUGCAGGCUGGUUAUGUAAUUCCGUGCAGAAGCCGGGAUCUCAUAUGCGUUGCAGCGUCGCUCGCAGUUGUGUUGGUGCCGUUGAGCGAAGCUGCCAAAAUCCCGUUUGCGCUCUGAGAAGGUUUGUGGUGGUGAGGUAAUAGUGAUGAUCAGUGACGGAUAUCGCAACACUCACCCUUGAAGAUCGCGGCGUAAGCGGAAGACCAUCAUUCGAUGUCUGUUCUAAUUUGGAAGAAUUGAGAGAGGCUCGCAAUGUAACAUCUCCGCGGCCGCCGCCUGCUGCAGCUGACCCCAGUGAGGGAAGACCCGGCCCCUGGCCAGUUCAACUGCAGCCGGCCGGCCAUCGAGCGUUUCCCGCACCCGGGUCUCGGCCAGGAGCAGCGCCGCACCGGCGGUGUCCUCAUCUACAUCAUGGUGGCCCUCUACUGCUUCCUCGGGCUGGCCAUCGUCUGCGACGACUACUUCGUGCCCGCCCUCGAGGUGACGGCGAACACGCUCCAGCUCAGCGAGGACGUGGCCGGCGCCACGUUCCUGGCGGCAGGCAGCUCGGCGCCCGAGCUGGCCACCACCACCCUGGGCGUGUUCGUCACCAAGGCGACACAUCGGAGGGCGUGCAGCGCGAGAUGACGGGCGGCGUGCACGAGGUGCCGUACGACAACCACAGCCCGUUCCAGGUGCCCACCGGAUGCUUUAACCGUGGUGUGAUUCUCAAAGUGUACCGCUCCACCGUGCGGACCUCCGGCUCCGGGGCAGUGUACCGCUCCACCGUGCGGACCUCCGGCUCCGGGGCAGUGUACCGCUCCACCGUACGGACCUCGGGCUCCGGGGCAGUGUACCGCUCCACCGUGCGGAUCUCCGGCUCCGGGGCAGUGUACCGCUCCACUGCGCGGACCUCCGGCUCCGGGGCAGUGUACCGCUCCACCGUGCGGACCUCCGGCUCCGGGGCAGUGUACCGCUCCACCGUGCGGACCUCCGGCUCCGGGGCAGUGUACUGCUCCACCGUGCGGACCUCAGGCUCUGGGGCAGUGUAUCGCUCCACCGUGCGGACCUCGGCCGAAGCGUCGGUGGACGGCACGUCGGGCGUCGGGUACUCGGUCGGCACGGGCGUCGGCAGCGCGUCGCUCUCCGCCCGGAAUCCGAAAGCGUCGGCCACGUUUAUGUUCGUGAUCUCGCUGCCGAUCGUGACCAGCUGCUACGUGACCAUGCCGGACGUGGGGAAGCAACGCUGGCGCUCGUGGUUCCCGCUGACGUUCGUCAUGGCCAUGGUCUGGAUAUCGGUCUACUCUUACCUCAUGAUCUGGAUGAUCACCGUGAUAGGGUUCACUCUGCACAUACCGGACACCAUCAUGGGGCUGUCGUUCGUCGCCAUCGGCGUGUCCAUUCCGGACGUGCUGGCCAGCGUCGCCGUCGCCAAAGACGGGUACGGUGAUAUGGCUGUCAGCAACGCCCUGGGCAGCAACGUGUUCGACAUUCUGUUCUGCAUGGGGAUGCCAUGGCUCGUCGCGACGGCCUUCGUGAGCCCGGGCUCAUACGUCGAAGUCGACAGCGGCGGCAUGCUGUACUCGACUCUGUUCCUGUUCUCGACGGUGCUGUUCCUGCUAGCGGCCACGUACAUCAGCCGGUGGACGCUCUCGCGGGCGUACGGAAUCAGCCUGCUGGUGUGGUACGCCAUCUUUCUCUCGGUCGCCUGCAUGUACGAGAUGAAUUUCUUCGGCCAGAUGACCCUACCCAUGUGUCCGAGCACGUUCUGAGACGACCCGCUGUGUGGGACGUUGGCUGAUGCCAGGGCGCCUGCCAGGGGAGGGGCGGCGUCACGGACGGCGGCGGCGGCGCCUGUCUGCACGUGCUGCGAGACAGCACGGGAUGAGCGUGGGCCGCGCCCGCGCGCGAUCCGGGGCCUGGCCGACAGUGAUAUUUGGCGAUCGCUACAACCGUACGCCUUGAGCACCGGCCUGGCUGCUUGUUGGCGUAGUAUAGUGCUAUUUUGAUAUUUGAACUGUCUGCUGUCCUGUGUAUUGUGAUAUUUCACAAACGUAUUUCCGCCGCUUGUUCCGUUGCAUUAGCUCACCGCAAGCCGUGGCGUGGCGAGUUAUGCGACCGAUGUUUCGGCGUUUCUCUGUGUGUGUAUUUCGCCUCUUUUAUAAAGGAUCUGUGAGUACUACUGCAUUGAGCCAUGAGGGCACCUUUGAGAGUUCUCACAGACGACUGAUUCCCCGCACAGGGAGACCAGACCUCGGCCAUUGUUUUCCCGUCACCAUCGCAACAGGGCCCUUAUCGGUCAUUGAAAUGCCGGGCAAAGCCGAAGAUCUUUGAAAAGAGGUUAUGUAUGUGGUGCUUCGAUUAGAGCAAUCUAACUUGCGUGAUGUGGACUUUUUAUUCGUCGUUCCGAAGUAUUCGUUCUUUUCUGUGGUUUAUUUGUGUUCGUCGUUACAAACUAUUCGUCUCCUUCUUGUAACAUCGGAAUGAAACAUGGAACGUGACCGUGGGUAUUACGCUUUGUGGAAAGAUAUGGUUUUGAGGUUUC